GGUAGUCCUAACUGGGCUUCAUAAGUCUGAUUAAAAAAAUUUUAAAAAAAGAACGCUAAAAGAAAGAUGUUAUGAAUGUUUCAUUUGAAAUGUUAACAGAUAAGAACUUAGUCACUGGCGCUAUGUUAACCGUUCUAUUGUUACUGUUGGCUCUGUCUGGAGUCAGAGGACAGCUGCCUUACCAUGACGCCCAUUGCGGCAACAAGCAGGUCAUCGUCCAUCUCUUCAACUGGAAGUGGAAAGAUAUAGCUCUAGAGUGUGAGCGUUUUCUUGGCCCAAAAGGUUUCUGCGGAGUACAGAUCUCACCACCGAACGAACAUUUGGUAGAACGUCCCAAUCGACCAUGGUCUGAAAGAUACGCCCCUGUGAGCUACAAACUGACUAGCCGUAGUGGAACAGAGGCGGAGCUGAGGGACAUGGUAAACAGAUGCAAGCGAGUAGGCGUCAGAAUCUACGCUGAUAUCGUCAUCAAUCACAUGGCUGGAGUCGGCUUCAGUGGAGUUGGGUCUGCCGGAAGUCACUUUGACGCCAACAAAAGAGAAUUCUCCGGCGUCCCUUACAGCAUUUCUGAUUUCAACAUGGUGGGAAGGUGUCCUAAUUCAGACAACAACAUUCACAAUUACGAUGACGUGAAUGACGUCAGAAACUGCAACAUGGGAGGACUGACCGACCUGUGGCAGGAGAAAGAAUGGGUUCGAGGCAAGAUAGCCGAUUACAUGAACAGCUUGAUUGACAUAGGCCUGGCUGGUUUUAGGGUGGACGCUGCCAAGCAUAUGUGGCCAGGUGACCUGGACGUCAUCUGGGCAAGGCUGCACAAUGUUGAUGGUGGUCGCCCUUUCGUCUAUCAAGAAGUGAUCGCUGGUGGUGCUGUGCACGCUUCUGAGUACUACCAUCUUGGAUAUGUUACAGAGUUUAAUUACGGUGAGCAAUUAAAAUAUGCUAUUAAUCACUUUGAAAACCUCAGGGGCGUGGUUCACUUAGACUGGGGCAUGGCCCCUACUGAGCACGCCUUUGUGUUUAUGGACAACCAUGACAACCAAAGAGGAGGGCAACUUCAUUUCGACAACCCAGUGGAAUACAAGCGUGCUGUGGCCUUCACCUUGGCCUUCAACUAUGGCUUCGCCCGAGUCAUGAGCAGCUACUACUUCACCGAUCGCUCACAGCCUCCACCUCACGAUGGGGACACCAUCAAAGACGUCACCAUCAACGCAGACGGCAGCUGCGGCAACGGUUGGGUCUGUGAGCAUAGGUGGAAAGUGAUCGCCAACAUGGUGCGGUACAGGAAUGACGUCCUGAACACAGGCAUCGAGAACUGGAACGUCCAGGAAGACGUCAUGUGGUUCACUAGAGGCAACGUUGGAUUCUUUGCAAUGGGCAAAACGAACUUCAACAAGCACAUAUAUACUGGUCUCCCAGCGGGUCAGUACUGUGACCUCAUUAGUGAUUGCACCAAGAAAUUUAACGUGGACAGUAACGGCAUGGCCGACAUCAGCCCACACGACGGACACGAGCCAUUUGUUGCCUUCACCACAAAGAGUAAAAAUGUAGCUAGAAGCACUGCAGCUGUCCAUCUUGAUGAAUAUGUUCCACCCUCUCUUUCUGACAAUAAAACAACUAUCAUAUUCAUUAAGGCGGAGCUACCUGACGGACAGGAUCUGUUUAUACGUGGUGGCAUAGACCACGCCCGCAGACAAGGUUGUGAUCUGAUGGAUGCCCGACUAAGUGGUUGCAGUCUUCCCAUCAGACAUCUCACAGUUGGCAACGAUACUUAUUUUCAAAAGUUCAACACUUGGUCUAAGGGAGAUAACUACCUGGAUUGGUAUGGAACAGAGUUACAUCAAGGGGAAUACAAUCACCAGCGACCGUACGGAACACCAGCAGUUCUGACAACUAAUAGAACCGAUGAACCUGAUUAUAGUCCGUAUAAUACAUUUGGACAUGGGUAUUGGAUGGUGGCUGUAGAAAUGGAUUGCGCUAGAACCCAGAAUGGAUACUUUGAGAUCAAGGCAAUGGUGAAUGGGGCAUGGGAGACAGAUGUGUCCAGUCCGACGUGUUCAGGGAACGGAGGAGGAGCCUGGCCGUACCACACAAACAACCACUGGGCGAGAUGUGGCUAUAGGAACGUGUUUCAAUAUGGUUCAGGAACUUGCUCUAUAACUACACUAUAAAUUGUCCGAUAUAUGUCAUUGUAAUUAAAAAAAAAUUAUUCUUGACGAGCUUA